AUGAUCAUUUCCAAGCAGAACAGGCGCACUAUCUAUGAGAACCUCUUCAAGGAGGGUGUCUUGGUCGCCAAGAAGGAUUACAAUGCGCCGAAGCAUGAGGAGCUUGAUGUCCCUAACCUCGAGGUUAUCAAGGCCAUGCAGAGCCUUACCUCCAAGGGUCUCGUCAAGACCCAAUUCUCCUGGCAGUGGUACUACUACAUCUUGACCCCUGAGGGUGUCGAGUACCUGCGUGAAUGGCUCCACCUUCCCGCUGAGAUUGUCCCCGCAACGCACAAAAAGGCCGCCCGUCCUCCUCGUCCCGCAGGCGUACGUGGCGCUGGUGAGGGAGCUGGCGCAUACCGUGCUCCCCGUGGCGACCGUGAUGAGUACAGGAAGAAGGAGAGCGCGCCUGGCGAGUACAGGCCACAAUUUGCUGGUGUCGGUCGGGGAGCUCCCAGGGAUUAAAGUACUCUCUGUCUCGCAUGUUGUGGGAUCGCAUCCUGUAUCGCACUCCCAGCUUGGAUGUGAGGGGCAGAAGAGUUACGGGGGUUUCGCUGGUCAGGCACACUUUUUAUGGUACAUGGCACAUCAUGAUCACUUAUGGCUACGACAUCGCUCCUCGCAUCCUCGUCGACUGUCAUCGCAAAAUUGUAGUAUGAGCAUUCACAUUUUCUUCUCUUUCCCUUUCAUUCGCUUAUGCUAUGCUGCAUCACUACAACUGCUUUAUGAGGGGAUUACGGAUAUUGACCUGCACUACCCGAAGAUAUCUGCAAUAUUCCGAGGAACUACGAUUCGACUCGUUAGCAUUAGGAUUGGACGAGCAAAGAGCACGCAACUGACCUGACUCUACCACAACGCUUCGCCCCACUGACGAAUAGCGCGGCGUUCAUAGCUGCCAAUUUAUCCAGGAUGCCCAGCACCCCAGAGUCUUCCAACAGCACGCCUUCAUCAUCGUCCUCUUCCAAUACGUAGCCCUUCCCUUCCCUUUCCAUUUCUUUCCGAACCCGAUCUAGCUCUUCCGAGACCCCGGUAAGCCUCCAGUCUGCCAAAGUGCCACCUUGCCUGAAUGCAGCAGUG